AUGCUCAUAUAGAAAGUGGGCGUGCCGGCAGAGCACAAAAAAAGUUUAGCACGGGUACGAGCCAUGGCGACUGCACUGAUCCACAGCUAUGGCUCUGUGAAGCCACUAGAACUGCGACUGCCAGUGGCUAAGAGUACUUGUGAGACAGCCCUCAAGGAGGUGGGGAAGAUAUUGCAGCUGAGAAAGGAGAGUCUGGAUGUCUUUGCUUUGUUCUGUGGAGAAAUGGAUAAGCCCAUCAAAGUGCUACAACCAUCCGAUAUAGUUCCUGUAGGGACAGAGUUAAGUCUCCAGCGCUGGUACAUGCAGACUGAUGAAUAUAAAGCCAUCAGACACGAUGAUGCUGCUAUCCACCACCUCUGCUGUGAAGCCAGAGCCAAGAUACAGCGAGGAGACAUGCAUCCAUCUGAUGAGCAGUUGCAGCAGUUGGAGGAUUUCUCAGAUCCCUUCUUCCCAACAGAGAGGCAGUAUCUAGAAGUGGCUAUGAAGGUGUCAGGUUAUAGCAUGCUGGUGGCUAGAGGCUGUACAGUGGUGGAGGCUCUGGAGGAUAACGCUGUCACACUGUGCCCUGGGACACUGGUCACUGUGAGCAUGGACCUGUGUGGAUUGAGUGUCAAGUGUGAGGGGGAGUUGCAGCGUCCGAUGCUACACUGGCCCUGGACCGUGGUCAGGAGAUGGAAGAGAUCUGCCUCCGCUGAAACUACAUACAUCAAGUUUGAGGUGUGUCUCCAGAAGCAGAAUGCUGGCAUACUGACCUGGAUAUGUCUAGAGACUCCUCAAGCCUUGUUACUGUUCCAAUGUGUGAGUGCUCUCUGUGCUGAGAUCAAGAGAGGCAUGGAUGAUAAGAGAGCACUGCUAACCGAUCCAGUCCCAUCUCUAGCAGGACGCUUCCAUGACCCUCUGAGGGAAUGGGUGGAUAACACUCUGUUUACAUCAGGGCCUAGGUUUAGCAAAAUCAAAUAACUUCAAUUAGCUAGUUAUUCUCUUAAUAAUGUGUACAUUCUUUCUUUCAAAAUAAUUAUGUAAUUAAUUUAUGUACAUUUUCAUUCUUUUUAUGUAGCUACGUUAUAUAUUCUAUUGUGACAUAAUUAUUAAUUAUUGAGUGUAUAUAGAUCACAGAACAUACAGAGGUUGAAUUGAGGGCAUUAAUGAAAUACUAAAUAAAUUACAAGCUAUAA